AUCACAGAAUGUAAAUGAAAGAAAAAAGCAAAUCAAGUUCUAAACCAUAAUGGAAAAGAAAUAUUACCUUUAUACAUCUGUGUUUUUUUUAAUUAAUAAUAAUGCUUGAAUGAUUUAUGUGCUUAAUUCUUGGCACGUUAGAUGAUUAGAAAGAAUGAUUCUAACAGUUGUCACUUAAUUCUUUCUCUACUUCAUCUGACCUUCUCUAAUUGUGCAUUGUGCUUGGCACAUUAGCAGUUAAUGUAAUACAUUUGCAACCUCAAUUCUUUUCCAUACGCCUUGGUGUUCAAGGUUCACCAAUAGGGAAGCAAAGCACAAAUUAGAUUGAGGGUGCAUAGUGAAUCUGGUUCUUCCAUUCCUGCGAGUUAAAGACUGAGAAUGGUUAGAGAAGUUUCAGAGAGUUGUUUGGAUAGCCUGUUGACGGAGGUGGUUUCGUGCUAUUGCAACCGAUUCUACCCUAAUAAGCAUGAUCUUGCUGCUCGCAGGAUCGAGGCUAUUGGAUACCAGGUUGGUCACCAGCUCUCUGAAAGAGUUCGUGCGAGGACAAUCAUUCUCUUGGAUGACCAUUUAAGCAGUCAAUGUAAAAGGUACACCAUGGAGCGGCCACGAUUCAAUGAUCAUCUGGAAGCCAUCAAGUUCAUUUGCAAGGAUUUUUGGCUUGAGCUCUUUAAGAAGCAUGUAGACAACUUGAGGACAAACCAUAGGGGUACCUUUGUAUUGCAAGAUAAUAAAUUUUGCUGGCUUGCACGCAUGUCAAUUGAUCCAUUAGCUGAUAGUGGUAAGUCACCCGAAGAUAUUACCUCUCCUACAGCUGGAAACAAGGCAACACAUGCAAUGAAGAUGCAUCUUUAUUUCCCGUGUGGCAUCCUUAGGGGAUUUCUUUCAAACUUGGGAAUUCUUUGUGCAGUUUCUGCAGAUAUAUUAACCCUUCCAACAUGUGCGUACUUCUCUCUCUCACACACAUAUACAGAGAUAACCUUGUGCAUUUACCAUCCGUAUUAAAGCUUGAUGAGUUCACAGUUAUGUUAGUGAUGGAAGUGAGAGCUUACAAUAUCUGCAAGUUCCUUUGCGGGAGUAAGGAUAUUUAUUUGCCAUCUUUGUAUUAUCAAAUAUUGGAUUUGUUGAACAGGAUGGGGUGUUGAGGAAGUGUGUUCUUAAACAAGGACUUUUUGUUCAGACGAAGAAGAUUUUAUGGAGAUUGCAUGUAAUUCUAGAGAGUUGAUUUUAGGCAAAAUUUUGGGAGACAUUUUCUUCUAACUAAGUUCAAUAAAGUGAUUUUGUUGGAAUGAUAUUUACUAAAACUACUCGUGUAAUUGCUAAUUUAUACUUAAAAGUAUAGGUUUAAUUAA